CGGGCGCGGGGGGUGGGGGGACGCGGAGCGAUGGCCCGCGCCGGCCGCCGGGGCGGAUAAGACCCCGUGGCGCCGCGGGUGUGGGCCGGAGGGAGGGGACGGUGCCCGAGCGCCACGGGAGUAUGACGGGGCUGUACGAGCUGGUGUGGCGGGUGCUGCACGCGCUGCUCUGCCUGCACCGCGCGCUCGCCGCCCGGCUCCGCGUUCGCUUCGGCACCUGGGACUGGAUCUGGCGGCGCUGCUGCCGCGCCGCCUCCGCCGCGGUCCUAGCGUCGCUCGGCUUCACGCUCCGCAAGCCCCCGGCCGUCGGCAGGAACCGGCGCCGUCACCGGCAUCCGCACGGGGGGCCCGGGCCGGCCGCCGCCCACCCCCGGCUGCGCUGGCGCGCGGACGGCCGGGCCCUGCAGAAGCUGCCGGUGCACAUGGGCCUGGUGAUCACCGAGGCGGAGCAGGAGCCCAGCUUCUCGGACAUCGCGAGCCUCGUGGUGUGGUGUAUGGCCGUGGGCAUCUCCUACAUUAGCGUCUACGACCACCAAGGUAUUUUCAAGAGAAAUAAUUCCAGAUUGAUGGAUGAAAUUUUAAAACAACAGCAGGAACUUUUGGGCCUAGAUUGUUCCAAAUACUCACCAGAGUUUUCAAAUAGUAAUGACAAAGACGAUCAAGUUUUAAAUUGCCCUUCAGCAGUGAAGGUGCUGUCCCCAGAAGAUGGAAAAGCGGAUAUUGUGAGAGCUGCCCAGGACUUUUGCCAGUUAGUAGCUCAGCAGCAGAGGAAACCCACAGAUUUGGAUGUGGAUCUGCUAGACGGCUUACUUAGCUCACAUGGUUUCCCUGAUCCUGAUUUAGUGUUGAAGUUUGGUCCUGUGGACAGCACAUUAGGCUUUCUUCCCUGGCAAAUCAGAUUGACUGAGAUCGUCUCUUUGCCUUCUCACCUAAACAUCAGUUAUGAGGACUUUUUCUCCGCCCUUCGCCAGUAUGCAGCUUGUGAACAGCGUCUGGGAAAGUAGUGGCUCCUGGUUGCAUAACAGGAUUUCAGGCUUAUGGAGAAAAGGACCCAAUUGACUCUGAUGUUUACAAAGUACCUAUAAAACCUUGUACACACCUAGUUCAUAUUCCUCAUAAUUUAUCAACAAACACAAAAAAGUGUCUUACUUGAGAGUGAAUGAGUGUGUGCGUGUGUGCGUGCACGUGUGUGUGGAGAUAAAUUUAUAAAUGGGGCACAUUGGAGAAUGAGUCCAUAGACCUUCAGCUGAAGCAGGUAGCAGCCCUGUCUUAGGAACUGAGACUUGAGGUGGAAAGGCUUCAGCUCCUGCUGCUCCUCUGUUUUUGCGGGGAGUGAGGGGGUAGAGAGAGCUGGUGUAGUUGUUUGUGGUGGGAGGGGAUCAUUUUUGUUCAGUCUUUCUUAGUGACCAAACUUUAAUUUUUAAGAAUAAUAUAUUGACUUGUUUGUGGAAGUGUCCUCAUUGUGAGGGUCAUUCGGAGAUUCCGGAUUGCUCAUGUUGAAAGUUUGCUCACCUGCAGAGCGAAGGCAGCCCCCUCAAUUUUCCGUCCAUUUCAUUUCUGCAUUAUAGUAAGCAUUGAGAUUUAGGAGUAUUGGUCUGGUGUCUGGUCUGGGUUGUAAAGAUCAUUUGAAAAAAACAAAAUCUUACAGCAUUGAAGUACAGAAUACAAAAAAUUUAAAUAUUGAAUUAGGCGGUUGAAAACCAAGAAAAGUGAAUAAAUGAUAAUCUUAAAGGUGGAAAAUUUCCUGAGAGGACAGUUUUGAUUUCUUUGUGUGAUGAGUAGUAUGCUAUAUAGUACCCAAACCAUUUAAAGAAAAUGUUUCCAUUAUCCAUUAGCCUUUUAUUUAAAAUAAACAUUUGAGAGAAGUUAGCCAAGGCAGCUUUUUCCCUCAGAAGUGACCUGCCCCUCUCUCGAGUGCUCCUGGAAAUCUCAGCGAUGGCUUUGCAUAAUGAUUAAGUAGGAUGGAGCCUGUAUUACCAAAGUCUGUGAGCAUACUUUAACUCGGUCUUCUGUGUUCUCUUGUAUUCUAGAGAACAGCACUGCUUCUGACAGAAUUGUAUUCUUGAUCGAUGUUUAAUGUUUUCCCACUGAUAAUCUUGGAUGGAAACCAUUCUUUAGAUUUGAUGGACAGUUUUCAGAAAACUUUUAUCAGCAAGUAUACAAGAGUCGUGUACAUUUAGGAUAGAGAAGUUUAAAUAUUAGGCCUCAGAAAUCUGAAAAAUAGCAAAGAACCUGGGUUUGGAAAGUAUGGUCUGGAAUUACCUGUCAGACUCUGACGAAUACAUGUUUCAGCUUUGGAUUACAAACCCCAUUUAUGAUUUUUAAAAUAUACUUGAAAUAAAAUGAUUAAAAUGAA